AUGCGGCACUUCGACAAGUACCAAAUCCUGACUAACUGCCAGCACGGUUUCAGGAGGAAGCGAAGCUGCGAGACACAGGUACUGACUUUGGUGGAUGAACUCAUCAAAUCUCUAGACAAGGGUAAACAGCACGACCUUGCAGUUUUAGAUUUCUCUAAAGCUUUUGACCGGGUACCACAUACAGACUUACCCCUACUUGUGUUAUCCAAGUCACGACUCUUCGCCGAUGACUGUGUGGUAUACCGCGAGAUCAACACCGAAGCCGAUUGUGAAAUACUACAACAAUACCUACAUAACCUUGCGGACUGGGAGAAGCAAUGGGGCAUGUCAUUCCACCCCGAGAAAUGCAGUGUCCUACGAGUACACCGGAAGUCACGGGUGAACCUCUCCUGGAACACCCACAUUGAUAAGAUAACCAAGAAGGGGAACAGUACCUUGGGUUUCCUCCAUCUGAACCUCAGGAUUAGCAAUGAGGAAGCCAAGACCACAGCUUACAUCUCGCUUGUGCGUCCAAACCUGGAGUACUGUUCUACCGCAUGGAACCCCUACACUAAGGACCAGACUAAAAAGUUGGAGAUGGUCCAGAGGAGGGCAGCACGUUAUGUCACGAAUAGGCACCACAACACCAGUAGCGUCGCCACGAUGCUGGACCACUUACAAUGGGAUACGCUGGAGUCCAGAAGAACUAAAGCCCAGCUUACCAUGCUAUACAGGAUUGUCAACAACCUGGUAGACAUCCCAGCCCAACAGCAUCUUACUCCAGCUUCAAGCCGCACUAGAUCUAUAAACAGCAGAAAGUACAGGCAGCCAUCAUCAUCUACCUCAUACUACAGGAACUCCUUCUUUCCCCGGACCAUCACCAUAUGGAACAGCCUACCGUCGGCGAUUGCUGAAGCCCCUGACUUGGAUAGAAAUGGUUGUGGUGGUGGUAGUAGUGGCGGUGGUUGUGGUAGUGGAAGUAGUGAUAAAAGUAUUGGUAGUGAUAAAAGUAGUGGUAGUAGUUGUGGUGGUGGUGGUGGUAGUGGCAGUUGUAGUAGUGGUGGCGGUAGUGGUAGUAGUAGUGAUGGUAGAGGUAGUAGUAGUGGUGGUAGUGAAAUGUAA